GGCAGAGUCAAGCUUAAACCCUCCCACUGAUAGGUUAAAGCACAGAAACACUCCCCCGGUGAGUUUUUACACUCCAUCAGCGCCAAAGCUCUCAGAUCUAAAGCUCUCGGAGUCAAUGCAUGCAAGUCGACCACAGCCUUGCAAGAAGAGACCCAAUGUCUACCCCAGCGCCGAACACCUCCAACCACACCAACUCCACCGUGUACCCCAGCGAGGGCAUGCGUGUGCUGCAGAUGACGGUGACCGUGAUGAUCUUCAUCGUGGGCGUCUCUCUAAACGCUCUGGUGGUCUGGGCGCUGGGGGUUCGAGUUUGGUGCCGCAACAAAGGAGUGACCGGCAAAACGCAGAGCGCCGACAGCUUCCGGAUCUACGUAGUGAACCUGGCGCUGGCGGAUUUGGUGCUGCUGUUGCGGACGCCGCUGAUGCUAUCUUACUUAGCGAACCACUUCACUUGGACGUUGGGGGAGCCUGUGUGCAAGCUGGUGAUUUAUUUGCGAUGCCUGGGAUUGUACGCGAGCGCGUUCUUGCUGUGCGCCGUCGCGGUGGAGCGCUGCUUGUGUCUCCUCAGACCAGUUUGGGCUCGAUUGAGACGCCCUCGUUGGGUCGUGCCAGUGGCUUGCGCCGCAAUAUGGGUGUUGGCAGCGGUUUUCGCCGCUCCAUACAUUGAAACAGCCAAAGUCAUUCUCUGGGCAAACCGUAAGGCUUGCAUUGAAAGCGAUUUGGGAGUAGGGCAAGCCUUAAACGUGUUGGAGACCGUGGCGGGAUUCUUGCUACCUUUGGUGAUCUUCUUGUCGUGCAAUAUCGCCGUGAUAUUUUGCGCAAAGAAAGCCGAGAGCACAAUGUCUUCCCCAACCUCGCCAUCCGGACCGGGUUACACAACCCACCGUCUGACCCGCCUCUAUCGCGUACUCUUCCUCACCAUGCUCCUCUUCCUCACCUGCUGGGUGCCGUAUUUCACCUGCCGCUUUCUAAGGGCCUUUUCUCACGAUCGGCCCGACUGGAAGAAGGUCAAAGAAGGAGCGAUCGGCGCGGCGUACGUGGCGCUGUUUAUGGUUUACAUAAAAAGCGCGCUCAACCCCGUCUUGUACGUGUUCGCGGCUCGCGGACUCGGCCGCACGGUUCGCGCCUCGCUGGUCUCGACGAUCGAGCGCGUCUUCAACGAGGAGCUGUCGGAGUCUUUGCGAAGAAAGUCUUUGCGAAGAAGAGACUCUGAGUUUUAGGAUCUGAGAUUGAGAUUCCAGACAAAUGAAGAACACUGACUACAAGCAGAAAACACGGACAGCAUCUCGAGCGAUCGACUGAGGCUUCAAGUUCUAAUCUUGGAUUUAAUUGUGAUGCAUUGCAUUUAAGGAACUUAACUUAACCCCUAAUGCAAGGCUUUCCUUCCAGUGACUAAAGGCUGGUAAUUUCAGGCUUAAAUUAAGCAUAAAGAAUAUUAUCUUAUAUUAUGCAAAAGAAAUGUGCCCUACACUCUCAGGAAAAAAAAAAGGUACAAAAGCUGUCACAGUGGCGGUGCACUUUUGUACCUUUUAGAUACUAUGUACA